AUGUCAAGCAGAGGAUCCCCUGGUUGGUUCUCCGUCUUCUAUCUCGAUGCCAAGUAUAGGAGAGGAAGUUCUCUUCGUUUCGGUGGGGCGCAAGAAGCGCUACCGCAAGGUAGCGAGCUGAAUCAGACACACUAUAGUGGGAUAUCUCAACGGGUGCAGGAAAAAACAGAAGAAGUGGCUGUUCUACAAAUGUUAAGCUCCCCAUCUGUUGCUCUGGCCAGAGAGGAGAACAUUGCUUCUGACCAAUGGCAUAAGCUAAUGCUAGCUGAGGAGAAAUUCUUUAUGCAGAAAUCUCGCAUCCAGUGGUUGCACCUUGGGGACAAAAACUCAGCUUUUUCCAUAAAACGAUGUUCAGUCGCUCAGGCAGAAGGACUGCUACGGGAGGUAACAGCAGAGGAGAUUAGGGAGACUCUUUUCUCUAUGUCGUCGAAUAAGUCUCCAGGGCCUGAUGGGUACCCGGUUGAGUUCUUCAAGUCAUCCUGGUUUACGGUUGGUGUAGAUCUAACACUUGCAGUUCAAAAAUUCUUCAAGAAUGAUCGUUUACUGAAGGAUUUAAACACAACCAUCAUCACCCUCAUCCCUAAGAUUCCAGAAGCCUUUGCUCUUACUGACUUUCGUCCUAUUAGCUGUUGCAACCUGGUCUACAAAGUAAUCUCAAAGAUCCUCGCUAAGGGCUUAAAGCCAGUUCUUCAAGGUUGUAUAUCUCCAAACCAGGCAGCGUUUCUGAGUGGGCGCAGUCUUGCCCCAAGAGUGCUCUGCUUAAAGUGUCUUGCCCCAAUAGUGCUCUGCUUAAAGUGGACAUCAGGAAAGCUUUUGACUCCAUCUGCUAGGAUUUCAUCAUCAAGAUAUUGGAAGCUCAAGGUUUCCCCCCACUUUUUAGAGCCUGGAUAA